AUGGCGAUGACUCCUGUUGCCGCAUCUUCUCCAGUCUCAACGUACAGUCUAUUUCGCUCCGAUCUCAUAUUUAAGCCACCGUUUCUCUCCUUCACCACCAAACGGAACAGAGUAGCGUCGUAUCGGUUCACGGUACGUGCCUCCGCGAAUGCUACCGUCGAAUCCCCAAAUGGUGUCGCUGCGUCGACCUCGGAGACGGAAAACUCCUCCUCCUACGGCCGACAGUUUUUCCCUUUGGCCGCAGUCGUUGGGCAGGAAGGCAUAAAAACUGCUCUUCUACUUGGCGCGGUUGAUCGUGAAAUCGGAGGGAUUGCUAUAUCAGGUCGAAGAGGGACUGCAAAGACAAUCAUGGCUCGAGGGCUACAUGCGAUCCUUCCCCCUAUUGAAGUUGUUGUAGGCUCAAUAUCAAAUGCUGACCCGGCCUGCCCAGAUGAGUGGGAAGACGACUUAGCGGAGAGAAUAGAGUACAAUGCUGAUAAAAGCAUUAAGACUGAGAUUGUCAAAUCUCCUUUCAUUCAGAUUCCUCUAGGGGUCACAGAAGACAGACUCAUUGGGUCUGUUGAUGUUGAGGAGUCUGUGAAAAGGGGAACAACUGUUUUCCAGCCUGGUCUCUUGGCUGAAGCCCACAGGGGAGUGUUGUAUGUUGAUGAAAUCAAUCUCUUAGAUGAGGGCAUUAGUAAUUUGCUUCUCAAUGUAUUGACGGAUGGUGUUAAUAUAGUUGAAAGGGAAGGAAUUAGCUUUAGGCAUCCAUGUAAGCCACUUUUGAUUGCAACCUAUAACCCUGAAGAAGGUGCUGUUCGAGAGCACUUGCUAGACCGUGUUGCCAUUAACUUAAGUGCAGACCUUCCUAUGAGUUUUGAAGAUCGUGUCGCAGCAGUUGGAAUUGCCACACGGUUUCAGGAACACAGUAAUGAGGUUUUUAGAAUGGUUGAUGAAGAGACAGAAACAGCAAAGACGCAGAUUAUAUUGGCUAGAGAAUAUCUGAAAGAUGUCAAGAUAACUAGAGAUCAAUUGAAGUACCUGGUUUUGGAAGCUGUCCGAGGUGGUUGUCAGGGACACCGCGCCGAAUUAUAUGCAGCCCGUGUGGCGAAGUGCUUAGCUGCACUUGAAGGGAGAGAAAAAGUCACCAUUGAUGACCUCAGAAAGGCCGUGGAACUGGUCAUUCUUCCUCGUUCAGACGUAGUUGAGACUCCACCUGAUCAACAAAACCAACCACCACCUCCUCCACCUCCCCCACAGAGUAAUGAUUCUGGAGAAGAAGAAAAUGAAGAAGAUCAAGAAGAGGAAGAGGAUGAAAGCAAUGAAGAAAAUGAAAAUGAGCAGCAAGAGGACCAAAUACCUGAUGAGUUUAUAUUUGACGCUGAGGGUGGUUUGGUGGAUGAGAAACUCCUCUUCUUUGCUCAACAAGCCCAGAGACGCCGGGGUAAAGCGGGAAGAGCGAAGAAUGUCAUAUUCUCGGAAGAUAGAGGACGCUAUAUAAAGCCAAUGCUUCCAAAGGGUCCAGUAAAAAGAUUAGCUGUGGAUGCAACCCUUAGAGCAGCUGCACCAUACCAGAAAUUGCGCCGAGAGAAGGACAUUUCAGGAACUAGGAAAGUCUUUGUCGAGAAAACAGAUAUGAGGGCGAAAAGAAUGGCAAGGAAAGCUGGGGCCCUGGUUAUUUUCGUGGUUGACGCAAGUGGUAGCAUGGCGUUAAAUCGUAUGCAAAACGCCAAAGGUGCUACACUCAAACUGCUGGCAGAGAGUUAUACUAGCAGGGAUCAGGUUGCGAUUAUUCCUUUCAGAGGAGAUGCUGCGGAAGUGCUGUUGCCCCCUUCUAGAUCAAUUGCAAUGGCAAGAAAUCGUCUUGAGAGGCUUCCCUGUGGUGGUGGUUCUCCUCUUGCCCAUGGUUUAACAACGGCUGUAAGAGUGGGACUUAACGCAGAGAAGAGUGGGGAUGUCGGGCGUAUAAUGAUUGUUGCAAUAACGGAUGGUCGAGCUAACAUUACACUGAAAAGAUCAACUGAUCCCGAGGGUAUUGCACCAGAUGCUCCUAGACCCUCGUCCCAAGAAUUGAAGGAUGAGAUCCUGGAAGUUGCUGCGAAGAUUUACAAGGCUGGGAUGUCUCUUCUAGUGAUUGAUACUGAGAACAAGUUUGUUUCGACUGGUUUUGCCAAGGAGAUCGCAAGAGUUGCUCAAGGAAAAUAUUACUACUUACCAAAUGCUUCGGAUGCUGUCAUAUCGGCCACCACUAAGGAUGCGCUAUCGGAACUGAAGAAUUCUUGA